GAACUGAGAUGUGGUGAAGGUAUGCUACCUUAAAAGUACCCAGAAAUUUUGCCUGAACUGAAGGAAAGAGUAUAACUGCACAAGCUGAAUCUAAACAAAUGCAUUAUCGACAAAAGUUACUACCGGACUGUUCUGGAGGAAAACUGGACUGAGAGAUACUACCAUUUGUGAGUAUCAUUCUCUCAAGCAAUGCUCCCCACUUCCAGGACAGGCUUUACACCUUACACUGGACCAUCUUACAUACUGACCACAUACGUCUCAACUGGUAACAGCACAACCUGAAAUGGCAUCAGAAGACAUAACCAAAUUGGCAGAGUCGCUUGCUAAAACACAGGUGGGCGAUGGGCAGCUGAGCUUUAAAGGCAAGAGUUUGAAGCUUAACACUGCAGAAGAUGCUGAGGAAGUGAUUAAAGAGAUUGAAGAGUUUGAUGGCUUAGAAGCAUUGCGUCUAGAAGGCAACACUGUGGGGGUGGAAGCAGCAAGGGUCAUUGCCAAGGCUUUAGAGAAGAAGUCUCAGCUCAAGAAGUGCUAUUGGAGUGAUAUGUUCACUGGGAGAUUGAGAUCUGAGAUUCCUCCUGCUUUGAUAUCUCUUGGAGAUGCCCUAAUUAGUGCUGGCUGCCAGCUUACAGAACUGGACCUGAGUGACAAUGCCUUUGGACCUGAUGGUGUGCGUGGAUUUGAGGCACUACUGAACAGUCCAACCUGUUUCACAUUGCAAGAACUUAAACUAAACAACUGUGGCAUGGGCAUUGGCGGUGGCAAGAUCUUGGCAGGAGCUCUGACAGAAUGUCACAGAAAAUCAAGUGCUCAAGGCAAGCCUUUGGCUUUGAAGAUAUUUGUAGCUGGCAGAAACCGCCUGGAAAAUGAUGGUGCAACUGCUCUUGCUGAGGCAUUCAGGGUUAUUGGGACUUUGGAAGAAGUUCAUAUGCCACAGAAUGGAAUCAACCAUCCAGGAAUUAGAGCCUUAGCUCAGGCCUUUGCUGUCAAUCCCCUGCUAAGAGUGAUCAAUCUGAACGAUAACACUUUUACAGAGAAGGGUGCUGUGGCCAUGGCAGAGACACUGAAGAAACUCCGCCAAGUGGAAGUGAUCAACUUUGGUGACUGCCUGGUGCGAUCAAAAGGUGCUGUUGCUAUAGCUGAAGCUGUGAGAGAAGGACUUCAUAAGCUAAAGGAACUCAAUUUGUCCUUCUGUGAAAUCAAGAGAGAUGCAGCUCUGGUUAUUGCUGAGGCUAUUGAAGACAGAUCAGAGCUGGAGAAGUUAGAUCUCAAUGGCAAUUGUUUUGGAGGGGAAGGUUGUGAACAACUUCAUGAGAUCCUUGAAGGUUUCAACAUGGCAGAGGUGCUUGCAUCCCUGAGUGAUGAUGAUGGAGAAGAUGAGGAUGACGAUGAGGAAGAGGAGGAGGAGGAUGACGAUGAAGAGGAGGAGGCAGGGGAGGAAGAGGAAGAAGAGGAAGAGCAACCUCAGGUUCAGGAGAGGGGCCAGGGAGAACAAGAAUCACUAACACCUCAAAAAAUCAUAGUGGCACAUGGUACUCCUCCAGUGUCUUCCCCUCCUCUUCCUCCUGUGGAUGUUGGCACUUUUUUAGCUUUUCCAUCUCCAGAAAAACUGUUGCGACUGGGCCCCAAGUGCUCAACACUGAUAGCCCAGCAGACAGAUACAUCUGAUACAGAGAAGGUUGUCAUGGUUUUUCUGAAGAUCUCUUCUGUGUUUAAAGAUGAGAUAACAGUAAAAACAGCAGUGAAUGAAACAACAGAUGCCUUGAUGAGAGAUGCAUUUUCAUCAGCUACUUUCAAUUCAGAUGCUUUCAUUACCAGCCUCUUGAUUCACAUGGGAUUACUCAAGAGUGAAGAGAAAAUAAAGGCUGUACCAAGCCUUUAUGGCCCUCUGAUGACACUAAACCAUAUGGUACAGCAGGAUUAUUUCCCUAAAUCACUCAUCCCAAUCCUCUUGGCUUUCGUCACAAAACCCAACCGUGCUUUGGAUUCCUGUUCCUUUGCUCGCCACAUGCUGUUACAGACCCUUCACCAGUUGUAAUAUAAAGGCAACUAUGCUCUUUCCCCUCAUGGGACAUGCAUCAGAGUGAUCUGAGAUGGAAAGACAACAAGGACAUAAGAACUUAUAGAUGAAGCAUUGUCACCAGGAUGUCUGGCUGCCUUCUGCUAAAACACAAUUCAAGGAACUCUGCCAUGUCCGUUUUAUGGUUUUGUGUUUGGUUUUUAAGCUCCUUCUUUCCAAAGUGAACUCUGCAUUCCCCAGCAUCUUUCUCUUAUUUGGGGAGGGGGAUUGUUCCCCCCUUCCUUAGGUUAAUUCUCCCUCAGCUUGUAUUUUUGCUGUUUAGCUGGAACUUCACCUGUUGUCAAAGUGCUUAGGACUUAAGAUCCCAAACUGUGUUGUUAGACAACAGCCUCUCUUGAGGUAACAGUAAACUUCUGGAGACAGCUUAAUUACUGCAUUGUGUUCUCAGCUCAGCACUGAGGUUGUUCCUUCCACUUUAGGCCAGCACCAGGCAUAAAACAAUUUCACUUUUUUCCCCAUGUUUUUGAGCAUUGCGAAGUCUGGUAAGUGUGUGGGAUAUGGUGUAUAUAUUCCUAAUUGGGGAUAUUGCGUUGCCUAUUUGGUUUUCAUGUGUGAUCCUUCAACUCUGUUCAUUUUUUUUUUCUACUAGAAAGACUGAUUAUGGAUGGCCUGCAUAAGACUGUUAGUGAUGUUGCUUUACAUGCUUAAACAUGUGCCUAAUUAAAACCGGUUUGGUUCACAAUAAGCAUAAUCAGUUUUGACUCUCCUUCUGAUCUUUUUCUCUUUCUCUUUUCUUUUCCUGCUGCUCCUUAAGUGGUGAGAUUUAUUGUUUAUUAAAUGUUGGAUUCUGUCAAACUUGUGGAUAGUGAUUCCAUAAGUGAAAUUGGGUUAAUCAAAAAGAUGUCAAAUUGAAGCCCUUCAUAUCACUCAAAUAAUAGUGACUAUUUCUCUGCUAUUUUAGCUAAUUUGCUUCCCAAUUUUAUUGCCUUUUGUUUAUUUUCUGUUUCAGUAUUGAAUGUUCUUCCUUACACUUCACUGUGUUUCUUCUUUUUUAUGCCCUAUUUCAUAAUGAGAAGAGAAGGAAGCAUGUUGCAAAUUAGUUUCUUAUCUCACAUGUUUUGUCCAGCCAUUAUUGUGUCUAAAUAAUGGGGUUUGUUACUCAUUUAGGAGAAGAGAAAUAUUCAAGAAAAUGGUUUGGACAAGUUCCCUACAAAAGAGCAAAUUUAUGUAAUUGCCAUUCAUUUCAUUGGAAAUUAUAUAGAAGCCAUUGUAUUGUAUAUUUUGCUUCCAUAUAAAAGUGAAUAGUGCUCAACGGUGGGUACACUGUAACCUCAAUGACAUAUUUACUUCUAUUUAAAAAUAUUUUCUCCUCAAUAUUACAACUACUUUCUGUGAAGAA